UCUGUCUGGCUACCUGGAACAACAGACCACUUGGGCAUUGAGUUUAUGGAGAGCAAAGCUGUGUACAAGAGACAGGUUCUGUCAAUCACAUCUAUCGCCAUGGCAAUCAGUCUUCUGGGAACGCUGUGCAUGGCCCUCUACUGCUUCAACAAGAGGCGCAGGGAGAAGCUCCAGGCGCACCUGAAGGAAAGUCGGAGUUUGAAAAAUUACACCGCCAAUUCCAUCAAACCUCUAGAAACCAAGAUGAGGGUCCCAAACGCCAAACUGCCAAUGCAUGAGUACUGCAAGCGUCCCCCUACAUCUUGCCAGGGAAAUGUUUGUGAGUCCAGCUUUGCAUACAGCAACAUCACCACCCUGCCGCCCAGCAGCUCUAGAGGUGCAGCAAAACAUCACAGAAAUGGCUCCUUGUCCCAUAGUCCUGACCAGAGAACGAAGUCAGCUCGUUGGUCAUCUCCUCGCAGAACCCCACCUAUAGCAAGAGGAAGGCUAAACCCAAUUGGCGGAUCCAAGUUUUUAGGCCCUGCCUACAAACACCUUCAUGAAGUAGACCCAUCUGAAAAGGAAGCAGAAGAAAUAGGAGUCCACAACCAGGAGGAAAAUCAGGGCUGUCACACCAAACAAGAUGCCUUUGUACAUAUGCAAACUCCUGUUUCCAUGGAGACGCCGUCGGCACUGACUUGGUGCGGCCGUGUAGACAUGCGUUCCCCUCCGCAAAGCAACCGCAGUCUGAAGAGGCCUGCCCGCCGCCACAGCCUCUCCCCUCCUCCCCCAUUUCGCUCCUGCUCCAUCCCCAUCAUUCCCUCCGUUCAGGGUCACCACGACAACGAGGUGUCCUGUAUGCAAACCAGCCCGGAAACCACAGAGAUGUCAACAAGCUGCAAGGAAGAGAGGAGGGAGAAGACGGUGCACACCAGGCCGUUCUCCUCCUCCUGCUCCUCCACCGUCGGGCGGCAGCAGGAUGCAGUGGCGUUGCUUUUGGAAGAGGCGCAGGAGCAGCUCAGAGCCUUGGCAUUCACCCACAGGAAGCAGGAGGAGGCCGGGAUCAUCGGGAGCGGAUCGCCAGCUGCGCCACUAGAGGCUCGAGAAACUGUUUGCUUCCUGAACCUUAACGGAGGAAACACUGGGGGUCUUGGCUGCAGUGGACCCACGCAGACCCAGCUAGUCACCCUGAGCCUAUCGCACAGAGACUUGGUCAAAAACGGCCAAUGAGAGGACUCGAUUCAGGACAUGCAUAUUUCGGUUUGACACUGCUGGCAGACCCCUGUGUUCUGUAUCUGUAAGAUGUGAAUGGAAAAUGUCAAUUUGAAAAAUUACAUGGAAAAUCCUAAUGAUAUGCAUAUUGUAUGGAUACAAGCGUGUUAACAUUUUCCACAGACUGUACGGAAAAGAGAAAAAAUACAUCAACAAAACAAGACAACACUUCUACUUAGAUAAAAAGAAACCAAAUAGUCUGUCAAAUCCAUGGUGUUUUUAAUUGUAAAAAGAAUAUAUAAAUAUAUAUAUAUAAAUAUAUAUGGAUAUAAAUAUAUGGAAUUCAAAAAGUGACCAAGUGCAAAGUUGAAGAAUACAGGAAUGAUGUUAUUAUUUUGGUUUAAUCUUUGUUUCUCCCCCCUGUUUUGUAUCAGUUUAUUUAGUUACAAACACCUUCAUCAGUGUCCCACCGCACGUACAAGAGCCACAAGGCGGAUCCAGCAAGUUCUUGCUGUGUUAAAGAUCACCGUCGAAGGAGGAUUCUCCUCUACAAUUUCACCCCCUUGCCUUUUGAAAACUGUGACCCAGCCAAGAAUUACAUUACUGCCCUCUUUGGUUAUCAACCUUUUUGAGGAUUUAUGGCAUAAGCCAAAACUCCCCCGGCUGUGGGUGUCCGCGAUGGGAAGCAGACAGAGAGGAAUACAACUUCUUCAGCCAGUCGGCUUCCUGAGUGCAGAUUACAACUCAUGCUUCUUUUGUCACUUUUUGUUACGAGGGAUAUUUUCACACAGAUGCACACACACCCGGGUUAUUUGUGCAUUAUUACUUUAUUGGCUGGGUGUUUGCAAUGAAAGUUCUGCUGGUUAAAGACGGACAGAUCACAGGAGUUAAUCUGAUAUUUUUUUAAGUUUGGUGUCCAUUUUUAGUUACUAAUGAACAAUGCUGCUUUUCUGGGGUUGAUGGUUGGGAGAACCAUGUUGUUUUGGUAUUGAAACAAGAAAUAAAUGUCUCUAUGUUGUA